AUGGUUCGAUCAACACUCCGACUGCCCGAGACUUGCCUCUCGGUGCUUGUGCUGGCCUCGUGCGCCCCGGCCCUCGUUGCGACGGCUCCUCCAAAUGCGCCCAGGUCAUUUUGCCCCAUUUUCUAUGCCGAAGCUCAACCUCCGAUCGAUUGCGAACCGAAGCAGCCCAUGACCUUUCUACAAACCCCGCAAGUUGAAAGAAAAGCUACUGCUCACACGUCCAAGGCCAAAGUUGAGCCACUCGAGGCCGCCUUUGAAGCUCUUACUGUAAUGCAACAUGACUUCUUCGUCUCGGACCAGGGAACAUGGCCCGAAGCCAUCGACUGGACUGCUGCCGUCAUGGAAACGAUGCUGUCAGGCACGUUGACUUCGCUUUCGCAAGCAUUGGCCGUGCUCGAUAUCGGAGGCAAUGGUGACAAAGGAGCCAAGAGAAACCUCAUUGAUACCUUUUUCACUCAGCUGGUGGCCUCUUAUUUUGGCCAGGACGACGUUGCGAUCCGCCAUCAGGCUUUCGACGACAUUCUCUGGGUUGUCCUCGGUUGGAUCGAAGCCAUCAAGUUUAUCAACAUACACUCAGAGCUCUUCUACCCCCGGGAAAGCCUCAACGAGAGCGCGACCCCGGGUCUUGGAGAUGCCUUGGCAAACGGUCCCUGGCACGGGCAAUAUUGGAUACCCUCGUUCGCUCAUCGGGCCAGAAUUUUCUGGGAUCUUGGGUCCAAAGGAUGGGACACUCGACUCUGCGAGGGUGGCAUGAACUGGAACCCGAGGUUGGAACCAUAUAAGAACGCCAUCACUAACGAACUCUGGAUUGCGGCCUCGAUCUCAAUGUAUCUAUGGUUCCCCGGUGACAACAACACCACACCAUGGGUCAACAACGCAGGUGGUGUGGAAACCACGCGAGAGCCCAAAUACCUCGCCGCUGCCAUUGAAGGCUACAAAUGGCUCACUGGCGUCAAUAUGACCAAUAAUGCCGGUCUCUACGUUGAUGGCUAUCACGUCGACAGGUCCAAGCCGGGCAACACCAAGUGCGACCAACGCAGUGAAGCUGUCUUCACCUAUAACCAGGGCGUCCUCUUGACUGGCCAAAGAGGCCUCUUCGCCGCCACAGGCAGUGCUUCGUACUUGGAAGAUGGGCACAGGCUGAUCCAAAACGUUAUCAAGGCCUCAGGCUGGGACUUGAAGCUCAAUCAGCCAAUCGACGACCUGUCAGAUCUCCCGCCAGGUUAUCUGCCCCCUUGGCGCGGACUGGGCCGUGGAGGUGUCAUGGAAGAAAUCUGCGAUGCUAGCGCGACUUGCUCUCAGGACGGGCAAGCCUUCAAGGGCAUAUUCUUCCAUCAUUUUGUAACAUUUUGCCAUCCACUCGAAGCUGCCAUCAUUGGGCAAGGCAUGACUCUCGACGCUGAGGCGUACGAGCAGGCCAAGACGACCCAUGCAUCGGCCUGCCAGGCCUAUCUGAAAUGGGUCGAGCACAAUGCCAAAGCGGCCUUGUUGACCAGGGAUAGAGAAGGUCGAUUCGGUACAUGGUGGGGAGCAGGCAUUUUCUUGAAUACCGUUCCGACGAUGCAGACGGACGGCAUUCCUCACGACGCACCCAAUGUGACCGAUUACCGCAACUACGGGCUCCCGCAUGACGGCGUAUGGGCCCAUGGUAACCCGGACAAGGUUUGGGCACCAAACGGCGAGGCGCGCAAGAACCAGACAAAGAGCUACGAGCUGGUCGGCGACGAGGAGCACUCUGGACAGCAGGUUCUUGGUGGCUCAAGCAGAAGGGGGCCUCGCUCCGAUGACCGAGACGGGUUUGCACAGCAAGUGAAGACGGCGGCGGCGACCGGCGAUCCGAACGACCGCGGCCGGGGUAGGACCUCGGAGACGCAGAACGGCGGAAUGGCUUUGAUGCGGGCGUGGUGGGAGCUCGUAGCGGCGUCCAACGGAACGUACGAUCAACAGCGGCAUGAGAGAUGGCGAUGA